AUGCCCAACUAUGAUGAGUUUGCUGACGACCAAGAUGAGGUCGCCGAAGAUGGAGGCGCUUACGGCAAUACGACAAAUUGGUGUCUGUUUGUCCUCGUCUGCCGCGACAAAUGCGACUUUGCGUUCCUCGUCGCUAUCUAUCCAGAUGGAAAUGCGCAGGUCGAUCCUAGCUCAUACAAGAUUGGGCAUACUGUUGCAGUCUUGAAUACCACUACCAAGAAAUUCUUGGAUGGAAGGGAGGGAGUUCGCGUGGAGAAGCUGGAAACUUGUCGGGCCUUUCUUUUAAGACUGGCAGACCUUUACCAGAUGAACACAGAGCUUGUCAAGUACACUGGAGGAAUUGACGAGCAAAGUGACACUCGGCCGUGUCAAGCCUGUGGCAAGGAAGCACAGGAGCGCAAGAAUUGUGGCGGCUGUGGUUACUACUACUAUUGUGAUACGGCGUGCCAAAAGAUGGCCUGA